CAAACACCUGAGGGACCCAGGACACAGACAUGGGGUGCACCAAAGCAAGUUUAGUUCUGCGCUGGCUGUUGCUUCACAGAAACUACAUCCUUAUCUUCUGUGUUCCUCUGCUCAUUUUACCCCUGCCGUUGGUGCUCCCGACUCCAGAGGCAAGAUGUGGUUUUGCCAUCAUCCUGAUGGCUCUGUUCUGGUGUACGGAGUGUAUGCCGCUGGCCAUCACUGCCCUGCUGCCCGUCGUCCUCUUCCCUAUGAUGGGUAUCAUGGAGUCUGGAAAGGUAUGCGUGCAGUACUUAAAGGACACCAAUAUGCUAUUUAUUGGGGGUCUGCUGGUGGCAAUAGCUGUUGAACACUGGAAUCUCCAUAAACGCAUUGCCCUGAGUGUCCUCCUAGUCGUUGGAGUCCGGCCUGCUCUGCUAAUGCUGGGCUUCAUGAUCGUAACAGCCUUCCUCUCCAUGUGGAUCAGCAAUACGGCCACCACCGCCAUGAUGCUGCCCAUUUCUCAAGCGGUUCUCGAACAGCUCAGCGCCACAGAAGCGGAUUCUGAUGAGAAAGAGCUGAGGGAAGGUCAGGUUAAUCAAGCGUUCGAGUUAACCGAGGUCAACAUCAAGCAACCUUUGGACAACACCCAAGGAGAGAAACCCAACAAUAACGCAGAUGUGGAGGAAGGGAUCAACGCUCUUUCUGAACGCAGGAGGAAAGCGCGUGAAGCCAAGUAUCUUCGUCUUUUUAAAGGAAUGAGUUUAUCUGUGUGUUACUCCGCCAGCAUUGGAGGAACUGCCACCCUGACGGGCACCACACCAAAUCUAAUUCUCAAGGGCCAGAUGGAUGAGAUUUUUCCAGAUAACAAUGAUGUGAUCAACUUUGCCAGCUGGUUCGGUUUUGCCUUUCCUAACAUGGUGCUGAUGCUUGUGCUCUCUUGGCUUUGGCUGCAGUGCAUGUACCUGGGCUUUAACUUUAAACAGUCUUUUGGCUGCGGCACAAAGAACGAGGGAGACAAAGAUGCGUACAAAGUGAUGAAGAAUGAAUAUAAGAAGCUUGGGCCAAUGUCCUUCGCUGAGGGAGCAGUGCUGGUCAUCUUUAUCUUUCUGGUGAUCCUGUGGUUCACUAGAGAACCAGGCUUUAUGCCAGGCUGGGCAACUGAGCUCUUCAACAAAAACGGACAAUAUGUCACAGAUGGGACUGUGGCCAUUUUUAUGUCCACCCUGUUCUUCGUCAUUCCGUCUCGAGUGGACUUUUUAUGCUCCAUCAAAUAUGAAGAACAAGAUGAGGAAGCUGUAGGAGAGGAGCAGGAUGGAGUUGAGAAGGAAAAGAAGAGGAAACUGAAAGGAACCCCGACGCUCCUCAACUGGAAGGUGGUUCACGAGCGCAUGCCCUGGAAUAUAGUGCUGCUCCUGGGGGGAGGAUUCGCAUUGGCAAGCGGGAGUGAGGAGUCUGGUCUGUCAGUGUGGCUCGGUCAGAGUCUAUCUCCGCUGAAGAGCAUCCCACCGUUCGCCAUCUCUAUAAUUCUGUGUCUGCUGGUGGGCACCUUCACCGAGUGCUCCAGCAACACCGCUACCACCACACUCUUCCUGCCCAUCCUUGCCUCCAUGGCCACCACCAUCGGUCUCCACCCGCUGUAUGUGAUGCUGCCCUGCACCAUCAGCGCGUCGCUGGCAUUCAUGCUUCCUGUUGCCACUCCACCCAACGCCAUCGCCUUCUCUUACGGCAACCUCAAAGUCUUGGACAUGGCAAAGGCGGGCUUCAUUCUCAACAUCAUUGGAAUCCUGUGCAUCAACCUAGGCAUCAACACAUGGGGAAUGGCAAUGUUCAAGCUAGACACCUUUCCCUCGUGGGCCAACAACACACUUGUAAACAUCACGGGUACACCAUGAACAUCUACAUCUUGGGUUUUGUGAGAAGACUGAAGGAAAAGAGUGGGGAUGGGAUGCUUAUAUAUACAAAUAUAUUUAUAUUUAUAAAUAUUUAUACCACCAUUAACAGUAUGCAGUGUAUAACGUCCAUUCCAUUCAUUUCAAGCCCACUGGAGCAAAAGCUCAGCUUUCUUAAAUGUAUUUACAGUAUUUGUCCAAGCACUAUGUGAAGUGUCUGUUAAAGACGCAUCGAUUUCCUUUAGUGUUUGUAAUUCUGUACCAUUAAUGUCUUCUUUACUCAAGUAAGAGUACUUUUGGACAUGCGAGUUGGCUUAAUGUGGCAAUUGCUGAAAUCUGAGCCAUGUUCAGGUUCAUUCAGAGCCUUUUUGACAUCCUUUGUGGCUUCUGGUUUCAUAAGUUGGUUUUCUGGUCUUCCAUUUGUGCUGGUUCACGAAAAUUUAAUAAAUUUAUAGGUCUGGAAUAGACCUUUUUAUAUUUUGGAUCCCUUUUCGGAUCACCCUAUUUAAUGUAUUUUAAUACAAAGAUUAAUCAAUUCUAUUGGUAUUGUUUAGUAACACAAUUCAGGUUUUUUAAGUGUUUAAUAAUUAGCAGAACACACGUAAUGUAACAUUUUUCAUGAUGUGCAUUAAACUAAAUAAAACUAA